UUAACCAACCCCAAGACGGUCAGGCAGUUUCCGCUUCGUCGUCUUCUCCGGGUCCUCCACCUCGUCGCCUCCCUCCCUCCACCCCUCGAACUCCUCGCCCCGCCGGCUCCCAAAUCCCGCCUCCCCGCCUUAAUCCCCUCCCACCGCCGACGCGGAGGAGACCGGCCACCAGCCGUCUCGCCGCCGGAUUCGGCCGCUGAUCGAGGGCUGCUUGCCUUGCUUUGGGUGCUCGGAUUGGAUGGCGGGCCGGUCGCGGGGCCCCUGGUCGGCGUAGCGGGCUGGCCGGCGCCAUGUUUGCGCCGAGGAAGGUGGAGGACGAGAUGGCGCUGGGCAGGCAGAGGACCGUCAGGUUCUAUGAUGAGAGGGCAAAGCCAGCGAUACCGAUCCAACAGAAACAGGCAGCGUUCGCUGCUAGUAAACUCGGCGUCGCGAGCUCAGGGAAGAACAAGAUUUUCGUGGGAGGGGAUGCGCAGCAGUACAAGAUUUUCGAUCCGUCAAGUGACUUCAUCUUGAUGUGGAACCGCAUUUUCCUUUUUUCGUCCUUCCUUGCUCUAUUUAUAGACCCCCUGUACUUUUACGUGCCCAAAAUCGUCUAUGGCGACACCUAUUCCUGUGUUGGGACAGACAGACAUUUAACCAUCAUCAUUACAUUCUUCCGAUCAAUUGCCGAUCUCUUGUAUGUGGUUCACAUCAUAAUGAAGUUCAGAACUGCUUUUGUUAAAACGAGCUCAACCUUGCGGGUUUUUGGAAGAGGAGACCUUGUCACAGACCCUAAAGAGAUUGCAUGGAAGUAUUUGAGAUCUGACUUUGCAAUUGAUGUGGUGGCUGCAUUGCCUUUGCCGCAGAUCAUAGUCUGGUAUGUGAUACCAGCUAUCAAGUAUUCUGGUGCUGAGCAUAACAAUAACAUUCUGGUGCUUAUAGUUCUUGCUCAGUAUCUUCCAAGACUAUAUCUCAUAUUCCCUUUAACUUAUGAAAUUGUCAAAGCUACUGGAGUUGUCGCAAAGACUGCCUGGGAAGGGGCUGUAUACAACCUGCUACUUUACUUGAUAGCUAGUCAUGUUCUAGGUGCACUAUGGUACUUGCUAUCUGUUGAUCGCCAAACAGCCUGCUGGAAAAUGAAUUGCAGGAAUGGAAGUGAUUGUAAUAUUAGGUACCUAGACUGUGAUACACCAAAUCAGACAUGGGCUAGUACGACUGAUCUCUUCAGCCGCUGCAAUGCUAGCAAUGACACCAUCACCUUCGACUAUGGCAUGUUUCAGCCUGCUCUGUCAAAUCAAGCGCCUGCUCAGGGUUUCUUGAGAAAGUUCUUCUAUUCCCUUUGGUGGGGUUUACAGAAUCUAAGUUGCUACGGCCAGACUCUUUCUGUGAGCACCUACAUUGGUGAGACACUGUACUGUAUAUUCUUGGCAGUACUCGGUCUUGUCUUGUUUGCGCAUUUGAUUGGAAAUGUGCAGACCUACCUGCAAUCUAUCACUGUGAGGGUUGAGGAGUGGAGAUUAAAGCAAAGAGAUACUGAGGAGUGGAUGAGACAUCGUCAACUUCCUGAUGAACUGCGGGAAAGAGUUAGACGAUUUAUCCAGUACAAGUGGCUUGCAACUCGAGGUGUGAAUGAAGAGUCUAUAUUACAGGUUCUACCAGCGGAUCUACGGCGUGACAUUAAACGCCACCUUUGCUUGGAUCUUGUUCGCCGGGUACCCUUUUUCUCCCAGAUGGACGACCAACUUCUAGAUGCCAUAUGUGUGCGUCUUGUAUCAUCACUGUGUACAAAGGGCACAUACAUUGUCCGUGAGGGUGAUCCCGUGGCCGAGAUGCUUUUCAUCAUCCGCGGGAAACUGGAGAGCUCCACAACAAAUGGUGGCCGCACAGGCUUCUUCAAUUCAACUACGCUGAAAGCUGGUGAUUUCUGCGGUGAGGAACUUCUUGGAUGGGCUCUUGUCCCGAAGCCUACCGCCAGUUUGCCGUCAUCCACUCGCACAGUGAGGGCACAAAUAGAAGUGGAGGCCUUUUCACUCCAGGCUGAGGAUCUCAAGUUUGUGGCCAGCCAAUUUAGGCGGUUGCACAGCAAGAAGUUGCAGCACACUUUCCGAUACUACUCACACCAUUGGAGAACCUGGGGCGCGUGCUUCAUCCAAGCUGCCUGGCGGCGCUACAGGAGGAGGAAGAUGGCGAAGGACCUGAGUAUGAGGGAGUCAUUCCAUUCCAUGAGAUCAGAAGACUCGGAUGGUGAAGAUGACCCUCCACCAAAGAAGAAUAUCUCUCUAAGAAUGAUGGCCGGGAAAGUCAUGGCUGGGAACAGGAAAGGGCUUCAGGCCAUAAAAGAGUUGCCGACACUAAAGAAGCCGGACGAGCCAGAUUUCUCGCUCGAACCCUACGAGUAAGGUAUAAUGGUCUAUCCAGAACGGUCACUGAUCCUCUAGCCCUGCUACCAAGUUAAUCGUCUUUGCUGCAUUGAGGAGACUGUAAUCCGGUUGGAAUUUGGAUUCGCAGAACCGGUCAUUGAUGCGAGAAUUCUAAUUAACACUGAAUCCCAAAUGCAUCGUGGGAGACCUUACGAAGAGAUGCUAAUCAGAUUAUAUACUACACAUAGAUAUUCUAGUCAUCGUUAUGUUGUACAUUCAAGAUGUGUAUCUGUGUUUGUAAAAUUCUUGGUGCCUCAGCACAGGGCGCCGCUACACUGACUGUCUCAGCUUCAAAGAAAUGCUGACAUUGAAGCCAUAGUAUGAAGUACUCCUUAAAGAAAUACAAGAGCGUUUAGACCA